UGGCAGCACCGAACAGUUUUUGUUUUGCCUAAAGUGUGUGAAGAGACACGAGAGAGAGAGAGAGAGAGUGAGAAAGUUCGUGGAAACAACCUUCACCGUUCAUCAACAUCAAUCAAGCAUAUCCAUUCUUAUCAUUUCUCAAUCACUGCCAUUGAUACUGACACGCCUCCACUUUCCAGCUUAAUGCUCUUUAACUCCCACUACCUCACUCUCUCAUCUCUCAGCCCCUCUUGCCCCUUCAAGGAUAAAUAAUUUAUGGGUGGAUCAAUUUCAAAACGGAGGAGGAGUUUUAGGCAACGUUCGUCCUCAAGUUUCUUUCCUCAGUAUCAAUCUCCUUAUUUGCCACAAACACAAAUCCAAGAUCAUGGGUCUGCGGGGCAUUACGGGUACUCAUCUCCAAGCCAUAGUGGUGGUCGUGCUCCAGAGCAAGGAAAGCGCUCAGAUACGAAGUUUUCAAGGAUAGGUGAUAAUUAUAAGAGCUUGGACCAGGUAACUGAAGCUCUGGCAAGUGCUGGUCUAGAGUCUUCCAAUCUCAUUGUUGGUAUUGAUUUUACGAAGAGCAAUGAGUGGACAGGUGGAAGGUCAUUUCAAAGGAGAUGCCUGCACCACAUUGGUCAUGAACAAAAUCCAUAUGAACAAGCUAUAUCUAUCAUUGGGAAAACAUUAUCUUCCUUUGAUGAGGAUAACUUAAUUCCCUGUUUUGGUUUUGGAGAUGCAUCAACACAUGACCAAGAAGUUUUUAGUUUCUGUCCUGAUGAUAGAUUUUGUCAUGGUUUUGAAGAAGUGUUGGAACGGUACAGGGAAUUGGUCCCUCAAUUAAAGCUUGCAGGACCAACAUCAUUUGCCCCAGUCAUUGAGAUGGCAAUCACCAUUGUUGAGCAAAGUGGAGGCCAGUACCAUGUCUUAUUAAUUAUAGCGGAUGGCCAGGUGACAAGAAGUGUUGACACCGGGCAUGGACAGUUGAGUGCACAAGAAAAGAAAACUGUAGAAGCUAUUGUGAAAGCUAGUGAAUAUCCCUUGUCAAUCAUAUUAGUUGGAGUUGGAGAUGGGCCGUGGGAUAUGAUGAAACAAUUUGAUGAUAACAUCCCUGCCCGAGCAUUUGAUAAUUUCCAGUUUGUGAAUUUCACCGAAAUAAUGUCAAAGAACAUGGAUCGGUCCAGAAAGGAAGCAGAGUUUGCACUCGCUGCUUUGAUGGAAAUACCCUCCCAAUACAAGGCAACACUAGAGCUUAAUAUAUUGGGUGCUCGUAGAGGGAAAUCUAUUGACAGGUUUCCUCUACCACCACCUCAAUAUGGCGCACCUCAAUAUGGCGCAGCAUCUUUCAAUUCUCCAAAAACUUCUCGUCAGAAUAGUUUUCGUCCCAGUGCACCGGCUAGCAAACAUGAUGUUAGCACAGACCCUCCUGCAAGUUCCAUUUCUGAUAAUCAGUAUUGUGUCAUUUGCCUCUCCAAUCCUAAGGAUAUGGCCUUUGGUUGCGGGCAUCAGACAUGCUGUGAGUGUGGACAAAAUCUUGAGUUAUGCCCCAUUUGCAGGAGUACCAUUGUUACUAGAUUAAAACUGUAUUAGAUGAUAUCUCUUAAAACUUGUCCAUGACUUUUCAUGUUGAGGUAUGAAGGGUUUUCUGCAAAUUUCUCGGUGAUGAAGGAGGAGGAUGGGGUCGGAUACAUUGAAAAAAAUUGCUAAGUAGCUUUUCGCGUUGUACAUAUUUUUGGUAUUUAUUUAUUCAAGACUAUGCUUUGAGCGCAUUUUAUACAAGAGUUGGAUUUGCAUUAUUAUAUUAAUUUUGUGGCAAUUCAUCAAUAUAAUUUUUCGUGCUUCUAGAUUU